UGUCUGUCUGUGUGUGUGUGUGUGUGUGUGUGUGUGUGUGUGUGUGUCUCACUCAGCUCAGUGUGUCGUUCAGGAGUCUGACCGGAAACACGUGACUUAUAGACGUUGUUCUUCUUCUGUGGUGGUUACGCAGCAGUCCUUCCGCCUCCUGCCGUUCGGCUCCACGUGCGCACACAGCACCGACAUGUCUGUGUUUAUGGACCUGAACCUGACCCACACGACCGACCAGAACCGGCUCCAGGCUCUAAUAGAGACCGCCGCUCACCUCGGUUACUCGGCGGUCGCUGUGAACUACGUGUUCGAACCCAUGGCUAAAAAGAAACAGGAGAUUCCCUCCCCAACGCCGAUCAAUGAGCUGAUCGAUCAGCUCCCCAUCAUACAGGGUCGCUCUCGUCCAAUCAGAGUGCUGAACAGACUGACCGUGGUGAUGUCAGACUCCGGUCACUUUAGGCCGAACGCCGCAGAGUAUCGCUGCUUCGACCUGCUCGCCGUACAGCCGACCACCGAGAAACUCUUCCACGCGGCCUGCAUGAUGUUCGACGUCGACAUCAUCAGCAUCUCCGUGACAGAGAAACUCCCGUUCUUCUUCAAGAGAGCGCCGGUCAACGCUGUAGACAGAGGUGUUGUGUUCGAGGUCUCGUACUCUGCGGCCAUCAGAGACUCCACCAUGAGGCGCUACACCAUCGCGAACGCCGUCUCCCUGAUGGACAGCUGUAAGGGGAAGAAUGUGAUCCUGUCGAGCGCCGCUGAGAAGCCUCUAGAGCUCAGAGGACCUUAUGACAUCACCAACCUAGCUUUGUUGUUCGGUUUGUCAGACGGAGACGCCAAAGAAGCCGUCUCCACCACCUGUCGCUCUGUCGUCCUCCACGCAGAAACCAGGAAGACGGCGUCGGGGAUCAUCUACACUACGAAGAGUGGCAGCGAGCAGCAGGAAGCUCCGCCCACAGAGGGUGACGCUCCUGCAGCCAAGAGAGCCAGACCUCACCUGACCGAGUGAUUGACAGCUGAUGAGGCCGGGACCAUGAGAGGGAGGAGUCAGUGAUGUCACACUUUGUUUGUAAAAAAAAGUUUUUCGAAAAACAGAUUUCAGUCAAGGAUUUUAUUUUGAAAUCAGUAGAAACAGGAAAUGAUGUCAUCAAAAAGAGAUUAAUAAAAAAAUAUAAAAA